GUGGGAACUCGGGUGGCGAGGCCGGCGCGGAGGAAAAAGGAAAAGGAAGAGGUGCCGUUGGGGCAACGCGGUGUGGCAGCGCCACGUGGGGAUGCCGCACAAAAGAAGAAGCCACCGUGCGUGGUGGGUGAGGCGGUUUUGUGUUUCUCUUGUGGCGCCUCACGUCCACGGGCCCCAUGGCGCGGCUGGGGGGCGGCGGUGCCACUGCGGGGUUUUGGUUAUUUUUGGCAUUUAUCGUUACUUUUAUUUUUUCGCGCCACGCCGCACUCCUGCUGCACAGCGCUGAGGGAGGUGGCCGGCGUUGGGCGCGUUGUGGUGGGUUAA